GCACUUUCCUUCCUCUUCCUCCUCCUCCGUUUUCUGGUUUCGGCAUCGUGUGUGCCCCCCUGCGAUCGCGCUUUAUUCGUUGCUUUUUCUUAAUAAUCUUCUUGGACGGCUUUUUUCUAUUUUGUUAUCGAAGCAAUUCGCUUGGGAGAACUAUUAAAAGAAGAAGAAAAACAAUGGGUCGUUCUCGUCCUGCUCCCACGGCCGGCCGCAGCCACGCCGCACCGCCGCCGCCGCCAGCGCCCAAGCGAGCGGAGCCGAUGCACCACUCAACGUCGCAGCAGCAGCCGCACCAGCAGCAGCAGCAGCCGUCUGUGACGAACGUCUACGUGCAACGCCCCAUGUACGGCGGUGGUGGUGGCUCCGGUAUGAUGGGCACCAUGGCCGCGGUCGCGGGUGGUAGCGUGCUCGGUCACGGCAUCAGCAACUACCUCUACGGCCACAACAAUCAGGCCCCUACGCAGCCCGCAGAAGCGCAGCAGCUGGCGCAGGCUGCCGCCCAGGAGAACAACGUCUGCACGCCGCAGCUGGUGGGGUACUCGAAGUGCAUGGAGGCGAAUCCCGAGUCGGCGGACAGCUGCAAGUGGGCGUGGGAUUACUUUCUGCAGUGCCAGCGUGACCACCCGGCCGCGCCGGCUCAGUAA